UCUCCGUGUAAACUCUUCAAAAAGGAGGUUUUCGCCAAAUAUGGCCAGCAAUGGAAGAAGAAAUGCAAGAGAUAAUUCUAGGGCUGGUUUUGAAAAGCGUGAAAAGAGGCGCCAGAUAAGGGCACUCCAAGAGGCCAUAGACAAUCAUUCAACAGAGUCAGUACAGAAAAUAUUGGAGAAUGAGUUUGAUGUGGAUUUCCAGUACCGAAGUCAGACGGCUCUGCAACUCUCUGUCAAGGAAGGAUGCUAUGACAUCUGUAAGAUCUUGAUUGACAAGGGAGCUAAUGUGAACAUGGCUGAUGCUGAACAGAACAACUUGUUAAAUAUGGCAGCUUGGAGAGGUUAUUUAGAAAUAGUGGAGCUACUGAUUGAAAAUGGUGCUGACAUUGAUGAUCAGAACAUAAAUGGGUACAGUGCAAUACAUACAUGUGCUUCACGUGGACAGACUGACGUUCUUCAGCUUUUGAUAUCGUCCAAUGCAGAUUUAGAUUCACUAAACAGAAACAGUGAGACUGCUUUACAUGUUGCUGUGAAAGAAAGGAAUACAGAAAUUGUCCAGUUACUGUUGUUAGGGGGAUGCAAAAUGGAUAAAAUUGAUGAGAACAGGAAGACACCACUCAUGUAUGCAGCUCAGUAUGGUUUUGAUGAUGUUGUGCAAAUUUUGAUCAACGGAGGUGCCAGUGUGAAUUUGCAGGAUAAGUUAGGGCGCACAGCUUUGUUUGAGGCAGUGCACAAUGGUCACCUGAAUGUUGUACAAACGCUGGCCAAGAUGGGGGCAGAUGUCAACCUUCCUGUCACUAAAGGAGCUUCUCCACUGUUAGAGAGUAUUAAUCAAGACCACACAGAUAUUGCAGUUUUCCUGAUUGAUGCCAAAUGUAACGUGAAUCAAACUGACAGACUUCAUCAGGCACCCAUACACUCAGCUGUUGCUAAAGUGUCCCAGUUCUUCCAAGAGGAGUCUGAGCAAGCUGUAUUCUUGGUGAGGAAACUUGUUGAGUCUGGCUGUGACCUGAAUGUACCCAACCAGGAAGGAGAACGACCAUUGUAUCAGUGUGCAUGUGGAGGAAGUGUUGAAAUGGUGAAGUAUUUGUUAAGUAAAAGAGUUGACUUGAAUGUGAAGACUAAAACAGGUGACACAAUUCUACAUGGUGGUGUCCAUAGCAACAAACCAGAGAUUGUAGAUGCUCUCAUUCAGGCUGGUUGUGCUUUGAAUGAGAAGAAUAACAUAGGGGAGCAUGCUUUACUUACAGCAGUAAUAUAUCGUGCUGAUUUACAGAUAGUGGAUGCAUUGAUUAAAGCGGGAAGCAGUCUGGACAUGAGAGAUAAAGCGUCUGGCAACACAUCUCUACAUAGUGCUUUACUUCACUAUAACAGUGAGGCUGCAGAGCUUCUUAUUGAUGCAGGCUCAGAUGUAAAUGCUUUGAAUGGAAAGAGACAAACACCAUUGUAUAUGGCCUGUGAGAAAAAUGAGGACAAGGUUGUACGAAAAAUUCUGGAAAAUAAACGGUUCUCUCCGAGACUGUUCAGUAUUUCGCAGAUACCACAGCCGUUGUUUGCAGCAGUUAAAAACAACCAUGUACAUCUUGUGGACUUACUGAUAAAGGCGGGAUGUGAUAUUAAUAUGAUAAACAUAGAAGGCCUGUCUCCAGUUCUGAUGUCUAUAAAAGAAAACUGUUCGUUUGUCACUAAGCUGUUGCUUAUGUAUAACUGUGACCUUGAAGCUCAUGCCAAGGUCAAACGUCUUUUCAAAUGUUGCUUAGAGCAAGAAGAUCAACAUCCACACUUUGGCCUUGAACCUUUGUUUCUGUCUUUGACUCACCGUAGUGUGGAAAUGAUAAAACUAUUGGUUAAAUGCUACUGGAAACAACCAGUGACAACUCUGAAAACUUUGUAUCAGGUGUUUUCCACAACACCUGAACUGUCUACGCAUUAUUCUCCUGAACUGAAAGCAGAAAUUUUAGAACUGUUUCAGGUUUCAAUGACAACUCCACGAGGUCUACAAGAAAGUUGCAGAGCUGUCAUACGGCAAAAGUUAGGUCCUUGUCCACAGUUGAAGUUAGACAAACUGCCAGUAGCAAAAACGUUGCAUGGUUAUCUGUUGAUGGAUGAAUGUUUUAAGGACUUGUUUGAUAAAAUCAGAGAAAGAGAAAUUAGUCAUCCAAAAGACUUUCAUGACUUUCAUUCAGUAGGAUAUAUUCCAGAUGACCUUGACUUUGGUGAAGGGUCAGAAGAAGAAGACACCUAAGAGAAUUUUCAGUGUAAACAAGCACUUGGGCGUUGCUGCAAUAGUAUAAUCUUUGAUCUAUAGGGUUUACUGUGAAAUUAUGAAUAUUUGUGGGGGACUUACUUUCAUGACUUUAAUGGUUUUUCAAGCCAUGGAAUUAAAUCCCAGCUGACAAUUGAAAUUUACCGUCAUUUUAUCUUUUAUAAGUUGAAAUACACAAAUUUAUGACCUGAUGAAAUAGCUGUUUUUGGCCAAAAAAAACCCCACAUAUUUAAUGCCCUGAAAUUACUGGAUUCCACAGUAAUUUUGUCUCUCCAUAUCUUUGUUUGUCUGUUUACUGCUGAUGCAAGAGGCAGCAUUUGUAUACAAAUUAUUAGCAUAUCUUUUCCUUUGAAAUGGAAUUUUGAAAGUUGUAAAUGGAAAUCAAAUUUGAAUUUUGAAUAGAAGGAGCUCAUGUAAUGACAUUGUAUUUAACUUGUAGACAUUAUUCAGGCAUUUUGUAGAUAAUAUAGACACAUAUUUACUCAGAGAUGUUUACACUUUUUUUCUGUAGUUACUGUAAUGUGGUUAUUUUGGUAAUUUUGAUGUAUAUCUAACAAGUUUUAGCUUAUUCUGAAAUAUUAUUUUGAAAUCUAUUUUUUUUCUUCUGAAAUCUGGCUUAUAUUGAUGAUUUUUUUCAGGAGACUAGAUUGUUCCCAGAGUCUUGUUUAUUUUAGGAUGUGGUUCAUUCAGAAAUGUAAUUUAUUCUGAAAUCUACGCAAUUCUGGAAUCUAGUUUAUUCUUAUAUCCGAUUUAUUUUGAAAUUAAGAUACUUCUGGAAUUUAGUUUGUUCUGAAAUGUAACUUAUUGUGAAAUCUAGUUAAUUCUGGAAUCUUCCAGUAAAUUCUUCUGAAAUCUGGCAAUAUUUAGCAGUAAAUAUCUUCAAAUUUUUAAACGUUUAAACUAAUUUAUAGCGUUUUUAAGUGAUUGAAGUAAAAAGUCAUAUUUAAACCACUGAAAGAAUGUUGACAACAGGGAAAUAGAGUUAACUUGCGUGUCAUUUAUUUUGUUUUGAAUUGAUUGUUUAAAUAUGUUUGAUCCUGAUAGACUGAAAUUCAUUUCUGGCAUUUUUUUCUCUCUUUUUUUCUUAUCACAAUCUUAAUGAGAUUGUAAAUAUUCCUAUGCUUUACGAUUGGUUUUGUUUCAUUAAAAGUAAAAUGUUGGUUGCAGUUUAUCACAUGCUAAUAGUUUAAGACAUUUCAUUUGUUAUGAUAUUGAAAAUAGAUGUAUAAAAACAUUCGGGGCCAUACAUGCCAAGAUUUUGGAUCUUUCAUUCCAAGUCUGAAUUAAGUCAUGCUUCAGAGAUACCGGAGCACAAAGGUAUCCAAUAACGCCUCUUUUUUAGCUUGACUAUUCGAAGAAUAGGGGAGCUAUCCUACUCGCCCCGGCGUCAGUGUGAGCGUCACACAAAUGUUAAAGUUUGCGUACCACUCCAAAUAUUUUCGAAGUCCAUGGAGAUAUUGCUUUCAUAUUUUGUAUACUUGUUACCAUCAUGACCCCAGUCUGUAAAAAGGAGGAGGCAACUCUAUCAAGCAUUUUGACUGAAUUAUGGCCCCUUUCCAACUUAGAAUAAAUGUUAAAGUUUGCAUACCACCCCAGAUAUUUUCAAAGUCCAUUGAGAUAUUGCUUUCAUAUUUUGCAUACUUGUUUACCAUCAUGACCCCAGUCUGUAAAAUGGAGGAGGCAUCUCUGUCUAGCAUUUUAACUGAAUUAUGGCCCCUUUUCGACUUAGAAUAAAUGUUAAAGUUUUGUACCACCCCAAAUAUUUUCAAGGUCCAUUGAGAUAUUGCUUUUAUAUUUUGCAUACUUGUCUAUCAGCAUAACCCCAGUCUGUUAAAAGGAGGAGGCAACUCUAUCAAAUAUUUUGACUGACUUACGGCCCCUUUUCCACUUAGAAUAAAUGUUUAAGUUUGCGUACCACCCCAGAUAUUUUCAAAGUCCAUUUAGGUAUUGCUUUCAUAUUUUGCAUACUUGUUUACCAUCAUGACCCCAGUCUGUUAAAAGGAGGAGGCAAUUCUACCUAGCAUUUGGACUGAAUUAUGACUCCUUUUCGACUUAGAAUAAAUGUUUAAGUUUGUGUACCACCCCAAAUAUUUUCAAAGUCCAUUGAGAUAUCGCUUUCAUAUUAAUUUAAAUUUUGCGUACUUGUUUACCAUCAUGACCCCAGUCUGUAAAAAGGAGGAGGCAACUCUAUCAAGCAUUUUGAUUGAAUUAUGGCCCUUUUUCAACUUAGAAUAUGCUUAUUGUAGUGUUUCACAGUAAUCCUAUAGCAAGUUUAAAAAGAAAAUUCCAGUUUGUCAAAAACAUACUCCACCAGAGGCCAUUUUCUCUUCUUCCUAUAUGUAAAAGAGGUUCCUGUGUAUAUUUAUAAUAUGUACAUGGCCAAGUGGUUAAAGGUGCUGACUUCAGAUCGCUUGCCCCUCACUGAUGUGGGUUUGAGCCUCUCAGGGUAUUGGAUUCUUCAUGGGAGGAAGCCAUCCAGCUGGUUCACGGAAAGUCAGUGGUUCUACCCAUGUGCCUGCCUGUGAUGAAACAAUGCACAGAGGGCCACCUGGAGUCUUCCUCCACUAUCAAAGCUGGAAAGUUGCCAUAUGACUGUUUUUUGUCAGUGCAAUGUUAAACCCAAGCAAACAAAACAAACAUAUAAUUAUGUACAUAGUUUCAUGAAAAAUCUUGUCAGAAACCACAGGCCCAGUUUCAGAAUAGUUUAAAGAUGUUUUCCAUAUAUGAACUUUUGCCAAAAUUGUCCAAGUCUGCUCUGAAACUUGGGUGAAUGAUUUAGAGCCGUCAUGGCCCUCUUGUUGUUUUAUCUUCUUGCUGGAUUAAUUAUUCCAAUAGAUUGUAUGUCCACAAAUUAAAAAGAUUGUUUUCUUGACAAAGUGUAGAUUGUUUAAAAAAGUAUUAUUUUGAUAAAAAUUGUAACAUUGUAACACCUCCUGCCUGUCUUAAGAUCAAAUGUCUGUUUCUUCAACUUUUAUCUGGUCUGUUUUUGUUCUAUUUAUAAAAAAUGUGUUGACUUUGUUCUGUAUAUAUUUUUAGCAAACAACUUUUGAGCAAAUAUAAUGGAAUCACUUUGUCCUACCUGUCUGCUCUGUCUGCCCUUGCUUCCAGAACCAGUUAAGACAAAAACAUUGAUUUAACUAAAGAGAAUUGGUUAUAACUCAACAAAAAUGUAGAUGGCAAAAAGAGGAAGUGAAGAGUACAAAAUUCAAUCUACAUAUCUUGAAUAUUGACCAAACCUACCAGUUUGAUUUACCCAAUUAUACACAAUCUUUAAGACAAUUAUUUUGAUUCACAAUCAGGCAAUUUAAUGUUUUGAUAAAAUGAUAGGUGGUAAAGGGAUGAAGUGAAGAGGUAUAGUUUAAGAGUUAAACUAUGUAUGAAAUAAAAAUAUUAAUUAGUCACCUACCAGUGUUUCACCUGAGUGAACUUAUUGUUUGUGCCCUGUUGUCUGUCUUGUCAGUCUGUCACACUAAGUGGCAUCUUAUGCUACCUUACAAAGUGCAAGAUAUUUUGUCAUGAAAUUUGUAAUGUGGUUAGAUGCAACAUGGGGAAUAAGCACAUGCUUUUAUUUUGUUGUUCUGGCAAUUAUUGGGGUUGGAAUUGAUAGAUGUAGCUUUAAAGAAUAUGGUAAAUGUUAUAAAUUACCAGUGCAACCUUUUCAAACAAGACUCAGUGUGGGUAUGAAUUACUUCUAGUGAUAGAUCAUGUUGUAAUUGUUGUGCACAGUCUCAGUAAUCAUAUGAAAUAUUACGCAAUUUUAAAAAAAAGACCUGUUAAAACAAUUAUUCUGUUUAAUUCUGCAGAGGCUGACAGCAUGUUCUUUAUACUCAUUUGAUCUCAGAAUUUUGUUAUCAUGCACCUUGUACAUUCUCUUUCCAAAGACAUUUCUCCAUCGGUAAAAAUCUACUGCAUAUUUUUUUUAAUUUUGUCAGAUUAUAUGUUUACUUUAGUAUUAUCCUAUAAUAUGUUUAGUGCAGUUGUACUGUAUAUGUUUAGUUUUGUUUGAUAUUGUCAAGUAAUUUAACCAUGUCAAGUUUGAACUUCUGAAAUGGCAUUCUUCAAAUCAUAUUUUUAUGUCACUGGAGCACAAACUUCGCAAGGUAAGCUAUCAUGAUUGCCCUGUGUCCAUCCUAGUGUGUUGUAUGUCAUCAAUAGUUUUACUGCUAAUAUUCUGGAGGUCGUAAUUUUGGGCCAGUUUUAGUGAAACUUAUAAUGAGUUCAAAACUGAAUCAUGCAGGAUAAAAACUAGGUCAGUACGUAAAAUAAGCAUUAAAAAAUAUGUUAACACUCCAGUAGCUGCAUUUUCUACCUGGUCUUUGUAUUUUGUCAGAAUGUUUGUCUCUAUGAAAUCUCGGUCAAGGUUGAAACUUUGUUAUCUAAAGCUGGGUCACUAGGUAAAACCAUAGAGAAACCUUGUUAGCACACUAGAUGCCACAUUUUCUGCUUGAUUUUGAUCAGAAUGCUUUUGUAUGAAAUCUACGUUAGAUUUUAGUCUUUUUUACCUUGGGUACGAACUAGGUUAGAUGAGUGAUACAGGGCCUUCAUGACUGUCUUGUUUAUGUAACAUAUCAUAUUAUUUCAUUACACAUCAGCCAUAUUAGAUAAAAAAGAGCGUACAUGUAAUAAGUAACCUUCAUAGAAAACCUGAUUAUAAUUAUCGGUGAUGCCUUGGUUUUUGUAAAAGUAAGGGUGAACAAGGCAUGCAGAAGUAAGGAAAAAUUGUAACCUGACUUGUGAGAAUUCCUACUAUUUUGAAAAUAAUCAGUUGUGUCUCCUACCACACAGUGGUGUUGGAGACGUAUUGAUUUACUCCUUUCUGUGUGUAUCUGUCUUUCUGUCAGAAAUCUUGUCAUUGCUCUAAGUCGAAGAUUUCUCACCCGAAUUUCACCAAACUUGAACAAAAUGUGUUUGCCAAUAAGUCUUCGGCCAGGUUCAAUAUCUAGCCAAAUUGGCCCAGUCACUUCGAAUUGUGGCCAUUAAAUUACCAAAAAAUACUGAUGCCAGUGAUACAGGUCUUGGUGGAUGUCUGUCACAAAUCUUGUCCGCUCUUUAAGUAGAACAGUUUUCAUCUGAUCUUCACCCAAUUUGAACAAAAUGUGUUUGCUAAUAAGUCCUCGGCCAAGUUUGAUAACUAUGCAAAUCGGCCUAGGCACUUCGGAAUUAUGGCCCUUGAAUUACAGAAAAAUCUGAUGCCAGUGAUACAGGUCUUGGUAAUACAUAAUGGAGAAGAAAUGCCAAUCUAGAUGAUUAGACAGUUGUGGAAGACAUGUGCUUUUCUCAAAAGCAGCUCUAGUUUUUCAUAGAAAUCACAGUCUCACAUCACUUUAAGUUACAUUGAAUAAGCCGAUUUCUUUUUCACACAGAAAUGUGUGUUCAUGUUUUAUUAUCUCAGAAUUCACGUGUUGUGCAAUUACCAUGUGUUCAACUUUGCAGUUAAUCUUUUUGUUUAUUAGUUCAUUUUAGCAACCUUACAAGAAUUGAAACUAUGCAAUCCUAUUUAAUAGGAAUGUUAUAUAAAUUAGUGAUACAAAAUAAAACAAAGUCUUUAUGUUGAAA